CAAAAAAAAAAACACAAAAUAUCCCUUUUUUCUCUCUUGUUCUUUUUUCCCCUUCACUAAAAUUCCCUCCUUAAUUUGGUCGAAACUUAAAAAGAGCCAUCUUGUUCUUUAGUUUCUGUUGUCAGUUUCAUUCAAUUCGAUUGAUCAAUAUUUCCAAGAUUACUCAUGGGGCGGCCAGUGUUGCCACUCCUCAUAUGUGCCUUAGUUGUCUCAGUUUUUUGUUCGUCAUUCGCUUCUGCUGCGAUUGUUGAGCAUACAUUUAACGUGGAAGAUGUUAUCGUGAACCGGUUAUGUCGGGACAGAACGAUCACAACGGUGAACGGGAGUCUACCAGGGCCAACUCUUCUGGUUCAAGAGGGUGACACCCUAAUCAUCCAUGUUAUCAACAAUUCUCCUUACAACAUGACCAUUCAUUGGCAUGGAAUAACUCAAAUGAGGAGUGCAUGGGCAGAUGGACCAGAAUACGUGACUCAGUGUCCCAUAGUUCCUGGAAACAGAUACACUUACAAAUUCAACGUGACGGAACAGGAAGGAACCCUUUGGUGGCACGCCCACAUUACUUUCGUUCGUGAAACCGUCCACGGUGCCAUUGUGAUUCGUCCCAGGGCCGGUCGUUCUUACCCUUUCCCAAAACCCUACAAGGAGUAUCCCCUCAUCUUUGGAGAAUGGUGGAAUGCAAACAUUAUGGACAUAAGUAAUAUGGCCGUAGCCGGGGUCCGCCCAAACGAUUCCGACGCAUACACCAUCAACGGCCAGCCCGGUGACCUCUACAAUUGCUCUUCUGACCAUACAACGAGAUUUAGAGUGAAACAAGGAAAAACAUACCUCUUUCGAAUUGUGAAUGCUGCAUUAAAUGCCCAACUAUUCUUCAAGAUAGCGGAUCACAAGUUCACCGUCGUCGCCGUGGAUGCCGCCUACGUCAACCCUUACGUGACCGACGUCGUCGUCAUCGCCCCCGGUCAAACGGCCGACGUCCUCCUGAAGGCCGAUCAGAAGCCUGGAUUAUACUACAUGGCGGCGCGUCCCUACCUUAGCGGCCCCGAGGUGCCUAACAACAGCACCACAACCGCAAUAUUGGCUUACAAGGGAGCCCAGAAAUCAUCUACUCCUAAAAUGCCCGUCUUGCCGAUCAACGACACGGCAAUCGCCUUCAAGUUCUACAACGAGCUGACCAGGCUCGUCACCUCCCGAUUCUGGGCCGGAGUUCCGAGCAAAGUGGACGAGGACUAUUUCGUCGCGUUCGGGGUGGGCCUGAUCGCUUGCGAGAAACCGGGAACAUGCCAAGGCCCAUUCGGACAGACAGUGGGAGCCUUCAUGAACAACGUGUCACUUGAAUUGCCGACCAAGAUGUCGUUGCUGGAAGCUUAUGUCCAAAACGUGGAUGGGGUUUUCACCACGGAUUUUCCCAAACAGCCCCCUGUGGAAUUAGACUAUACGAGUCCAAACAUCACCUUAGACCCGGCCACCUGGUUUACAUCCAAAUCAACCAAGAUCAUUAAGGUUAAGUACAAUUCUACUGUCCAAAUGGUGCUACAGAACCAGGUCACGUUAGCCCAGGAAAGCCACCCGAUGCAUCUCCACGGGACUAACUUCGUCGUAUUGGCUCAAGGGUUUGGUAAUUACAAUGCUGCUGAAGACAGCAAGAAGUUCAAUUUGGUGAAUCCACAAGAGCGUAACACCAUAGCCGUUCCAACUGCUGGUUGGGCCGUUAUUCGGUUCCGUGCUAACAAUCCAGGGGUAUGGUUUAUGCACUGUCACAUAGAGAAACACGUACCAUGGGGUUUAGCCACGGCGAUCAUUGUUGAGAAUGGACCCACACCUGAUACUUCGCUACCUCCUCCACCCAGCGAUUUUCCUAAGUGCUGAUCAUCAUAAAUUAAUGACUGAUGCAGUUGACUGAAGAUUGAAAAGCAAUUUUUUCCAAGUUCUUGGAUUGUUUAUAUUGUAUUCUUUGUUUCUUUGAAAAAAUUGUGACUAGUUCCAUUCCUUUGUUUUAACUACACUAGCUUGGACCACAUUCAUGGUUGAUUCAUUCAUUAUGUAUUCCCUUUAUUUAUCUAA